AUGAAGGCCGCGACAUUCGUCAUCGCGCUCCUGGCCGCUCUCCAAGGCACCAAUGCCCUCGACGGCAUGGGAACCACGCCUUUGAGGAAGGAGGCAGCCAAAAAGGACAUUCUCAUCGGGUCCGGCGCUAUCAACCCAAGCUAUCUUGAUGAUCCUCAGUUCGCAGCCGUUUUGGCAAAGCAGUUCAACAGCCUCUCGCCUGAAAAUGAGAUGAAGUGGUCCUUUAUUCACCCGACCAAAGACCACUACGACUGGUCAAAGAUCGACCGCCUUGUUACGUUUGCCGAAGACCAUGACAUGGUGCUCAAGGGCCAUGGCCUGAUCAUGAGCUGUUGCAAUCCCGACUAUUUACUCAACAUUACGGACCCCACGGAGUUUCGUGCUGCAAUGGCAGCCCAUUUCAACGCGGUCAUGGGCCGUUAUAAUGGCAAGGCAGAUAGGUGGGACGUUGUUGUCGAGCCCCUGAAAACACAGGGGGGUGGCUUGCAAGCUAUCCCCUUCUACAAUGUGCUUGGUCCCGGGUACCUCGCAGAAGCCUUCCACAUGGCUCGGGCAGCAGACCAGGACGCAAAGCUAUUCCUAAAUGAAAAUCUGGUUGAAUCUAUCCCUAGCAAGCGUCAGGAACUCUAUGAGCUUGUCUCCCAGCUUAUAGCAGAUGGAGCCCCGAUUGAUGGAAUUGCCUUGCAGUUGCACAUUACUGAAGUACCCCUGGUACCAGGAGUAAUCACGGAGCUGGUAAAAUCCUAUAAGGAGCUUGGACUGGAAACCACGAUUGCUGAAAUGGAUGUCCACACGCUUAAUGCCACACUUCAGACCAAGAUUUACGGCGACGUUAUCAACGAGGCUCUACACGCAGGAAUAACAGAUAUUAGCUUCUGGGGCUUUACGGAUAGGCACGCCUAUACCUGGGUCGAGGGCGCGAAGCCAUUGAUGUUCGACGAGUGCUACCGCCCCAAGGGCGCAUUCUACGCUACUCACGGUGCCCUGAAGAGCUUCGCGGAUGGGCACUAG